AUGACUGUUCUGUUCAGACUGUCGCCAACAAAUUUAAUUGAUUUAGUGACAGAAAUAGCACAGGCCUAUUUUCUGAAUCAUCGAAUAUCACCUAGAUACUGCCGCUAUGUACCAUGCGCGGUGCGAUACGGCUGUGGCCUGACGCCUGAUUCCUCCCGUAACACCUUCCGCCUCCCCGCUCCGGACCUGCUCCGGUCUCCGUAUGCUAGGGCUGUGAUACAGCUGUACCUGCAGCCUUUCUACAUAUGGAUUAUUCUACAGAAUUUGCUCAUUUGUACUGUAGUCUUCUACACGGUGUUGUGCUUAGCCCAGAUUAUUUGUUUCAUAUUACUAAGAUUGGAUAGUUUGGAUGAACUUGGACCUUUUGAUUUUAAAACAUCCCCUUCCUGGUCAAAUAAAAAGUACCUUGCAAAUUUGAUUUCACUGGAAAGCACAUUUCUGGUUAGCAGCAUUCUAUUUGUUCUGAUUGUGGAGGAAUGGAUUUGGGACUAUGGUUGCACUGUAACCUUGAUUCAUAUCAUAGUCGUAUCAAUGGUUAAUAUGGAAUUCCCUGUUAUGGCACAUUGGUGGUUUUCCAUAGGCAUUGGUUUGACUGCAAUGAUUUGUGGAGGACAGAUUCUGGCAUAUCUUCUGUACAAGAACAACUUUAUUUAUCCAGACCUGGACGAUUUUUAAGAUAAUAGUUGUGGUGCAACAAUUAACUGUAUAAAGUGUA